AUGACCAGUCUGUCAUCACUACUGUUGCUGGCUGUUGCGCAGGAACUCCUAUGCCAGGCGUCACUAGCCUACCGGAUGCCGAAAGUGGAGGAUGCGAAGAGCAAAGGCCUGUAUUUGAGCACCCUAAAUGCGGAGGAUGCAAAUCCGGAGAAAUCUGAACAGAUUCUGGGACUCCUAUGCCAGACCUCAUCGGCCUACCAGAUGCUGGAAGUGAAGGAUGCAAAGAGUGAGGACCUGGCUUUGAGCGCGGUGAAUGAAAAAGAGCACAAAGGUGCCCGUGAUGACGAGGAGGACGAAACGCCGGAAGAGUUUGAACAGGUUCUUGCCCUGCAGUCUGUGCUAACGGUCGAAGCCGUCUGA